AAAACAGUGGCGCCCAUUCUCUAUUCACAACACUUCCACGGAACUAACAGAGACAAAUAAACAACAACAACAACAACAAAAAAAAAAAAAUUAAACUUGAAGUUACACUCCGGAGUGUUUAUCUAUUAAAUAAGCAGAGCAGAGGUUUCAUUUAAACACAGAGAGGGGUGAAAGUGCUUUGACCUAGCGUUAGUUUUGCAUAGAGUGCGAAAAUGGUUGUUAUGUCAAAAAAACCAAAGACUUUCAAGAUUGAGUUCCGCGAUUCCAGCAAGGCUUUUUAUUGCAGUGGGGAUAAAGUGGCAGGACGAGUGGUGGUGGAGGUGUCCGAGUCUACCCGAGUAACUGCCCUGAGACUGUAUGGAAUCGGCUGCGCCAAAGUGGAGUACAGUAAGGGAAAGCAGCGCUGUAAGGAUGCCAUAGAUUACCUCAAGUAUCAAGAUGUUCUUCACCUGGAUCACCAACCAACAGACUCGGAUGGCUCUGUUAUUCUCAGACCUGGAAAUACAUACGAGUACACGUUUGGGUUCGAGCUUCCCCAGUCAGGGCAGCUGGUGUCCUCAUAUAAAGGCAAAUUUGGUUAUGUUGAGUACUAUGUGAAAGCGGUGAUGGAGAAGCCCUGUCACUCAGAUGUAGAGUGCAAGAAGUUUUUUGAGGUGGAGGAACCGAUUGAUGUCAACACCCUGGAUCUUAUGACUCCUGCCUCUGGAGUGAAGGAGAAAAAGCUGACCUGCAUGUUCAUUCCUGAUGGCAACGUGUCAGUCACAGCAAAGAUUGACCGUAAAGGCUACUGUGUAGGAGAAAACAUCUGCAUUGAUGCCAAAUUUGAAAACUCCUGCUCCCGCAUCAUCAUCCCCAAAGCUGCCAUUAUUAUCACACACACCUAUCGUGCCAAUGGCCGCACUAAGGUGCUCCGUGAAAAGAUCUCAGCUGUCAGGGGCAAUCAUAUCAUCUCUGGCAUGUGUGACAUAUGGCAGGGCAAAACCUUCCGAGUGCCUAAACUAAGACCCACCAUCUUGGGCUGCAACAUCAUCCAUGUGGACUACACACUGAUGAUUUACGUGCACAUCCCAGGAAGUGACAAGCUAACCCUAGAGCUGCCUUUGGUCAUCGGGACAAUCCCCUUUACUGGCUUUGCCAGUCGUAGCAGCAGCAUGAGUAGUCAAGUAGCGAGCUCAGCAGCUUCCAGCAGCCUGCCGUCCAUGCCCUCUGCUCCACCUAGUUACAGUGAAAUACCUAUACAUGACAGCUUGGACCCAUUCAUCACACCAUUGCUAAAUGAUUACGGUGAAGAUGACAGUCCUAUCUUCAUGCACGCCAGAGAGUACCAUCAGAUGCCCCCUCCAGCCUAUACCGAGGUGCAAGAAGGAUGCAAUAGCAGAGGCACUGCAUUUGAGUCAUAUUAAACAAAUACAGCUGCAAAAAUCUUCAAAACACAUUAACAUUUCUGUUCAUUUGCUAAUACAUUGUUGCAAAAUGGGGAAGUCUCCUUAUGUAAUGUAAUACAAAAGGAUGAUGUACAUGAGAAGUAGCUUCUUGAGAACAGCAUUAGAAUGAAGUGCCUGAUUUGUGUUUUCUGAUUAUUUCUGGGGUAUCCUCAGUAUUUAGACCGGAAAGGUUUUUAUUUCCAGAAGAAAGUUGAGCUUUGCCAUAUUGGUGUAAUGAUAAACCUGCCUUUAUAAUCAUUCCAGAUCAUAUUCUAAAAAAAAGAUCAUUAGGACUGGUACAAAUCAGUGUGAUGGUGGGAAUACAGUGUUGUUGUUUUUUACUGUAAUAUAUCAAAUUAGAGUUACAAGGAAUUUCAGACUGCACCUUUGAAGAUAUAUACAACUUUGUAUCAGAGUUAAUGGUUUGUUUUCAUUUUGCUAUAAGAUUGAACUUUAAUUUAAUCAUUAACAUGAUAACAGUAUGUUCUAGAAAUUUACUUUCAUUAUAGAAAUUACACUCACAAUAAUAUAAAAGAGUGCCUGUAAGUACGUUUUGCUUUAGGAAUUUGACAAUUAUGUUAUUAAUGUAUUUUUUCUGUUCAUAUUUUAUACAUACAGCUAUAUUUGUACAUACAUACAUAUGUGCC